GACAAAUUUUGGGCGGAGUAAACCCUCUGGCUUCGCCUCUUCCUCUCUGGUUGAGUUUAUAGUUGGUUUACCUUGUCUCGCAGGUAAAAAACUGUUGUAGGAAGCAUUUGGGAAACGAAACUAUACCGCAUCUGUUUUGUGGCCAAUUUAAUUUAAGAACAAUAGUAGAAUACAAAUGUAAACUCUUGCUCUUUGAGGAAUAUAACCUUCCGGAAGAAAACUCUGUGGAAGACCCGCGAUCACUCUUCCUAUGCCGUGAGUAAAACGUAGCCUUAACACAUGGAAACGCAUAUGUACUGUCUUUGUUAAAACAGGCAAAUUAAUAAACCCAAGUGUAAUUUUUGUAACAAUACACUACAGAUGGAACAAAACACGAUAUUUGAUUGGAUAUGUAUUUUGGAAGUGGCACCUUGACAAUUAUAGUAACUUAUUUUGACAGAAGGCUGUAGAUGGACUGAAAAAGUCGUCGUGCAGUUCAACCCGCUGGUUUGCGGUGCUGAGUGUCAGCAAAUUAGUAACCUUUUAUUAUAUGAAGUAGGCCCGGCCGGUUUAUCAAACAGCUGUUCGGCGGAUUGUUUUAAUCUCAACUCCCCGUAAAGUCUAUCAAACAAAAUAUUUUGAUGACGUUCACCUUAUGACACAUUUGUUUACAUUUUGGCCUACUUCAGCAGCCUACGUUGAAUGGACUGUCACCGUCCUCAUUCUGGCUUCUAUAAUGCCAUUAUUAAUAGCGUGUUGUUUACUUUCUGUGAAAGAAGGUUUUUAACAUAUAGGCCAGGGCGUUCUGGAGAUCCAGGGCGCAAUUUUCUGACCUAGCACAGUAAUAACACACCUGAAUCAGGUUCUCAUCUAAUCCCCAAGCCCUUGGAUUUAGUUGAAUCAAGUGUGUUAAUAUUGGGCUAGAACACAAACGUGCACCACUGUGGGCAGGGGUCACCGUAGUGUCGGCCAUAACACAUAUAAGGCUGAAAUUGAAGUUUUUGUAUUUAAUCUUGUUGUGUUUCAUUGAUCCUGUAGGUUACGUACACCCCACACCCACAGGAUAGAUUGGGUAACUUUUCUUGGCACUAAGGGAUAUGUGAUGGUUGAUAUUGUUGGUUGGUUUGGAAGGGGUUGCAGCCUCAGGUGACUAAUGUUUAAAGUUUGAUUUGCCAUGCCAAGGGCCUGCAGCAUACAUUUGACAUGUCAUAUAGUCAGGCAUUGACUUAAUAUCUAUGUAGUAUCGUUGUUGUCUAUUGAUUCACGUCUACUUUACGUUGUCUGUCUGAAACCGCUGAUUAUUAUGACAGGGCUAAGCAAUGUUCUUUAUAAAUAUAACAUACAUAUUUCAUACAUUAACGUAAUGCAUUGCCCUUUCCCCCCCACACUCCCUGUCCUCUUCUUUCCCAGGCCCUGGCUCUAGUUAACCACCAUGCCCAGCAGCAGCACAGGGAGCCCCAGACCCUGGUCAGAGCCAGGGGGCCAGGACGGCCUCGCCCCUGUGGGACCCAACCAUCAACUCUCCCGGGGCAGCAGCACCAGCCAGGAGUACUGCUAUGAGGAGCGAUGUGUGGACCCGGUAGAGGAGAGGCACCAGGGGCCCAAGGUGACCUACCACAAGGCCAACGGCAGGGAGGCUGAGGAGACCAUCGGCUUCAUCCCCGGAUCAGCAGACUCUCCUUCAGGGGGUCAGGGGUGUGGUCCCUGUGCCCCCUCCUCCCCAGGCAGCUGUAAGAGCUGGGUGUGCAGUGUGCUGACCUGUGGACUCUACAGGGAGUGUUGGAGCACCAUCCUGGCCCCCAGUCCCAGAGGGAGCUCCCCAGAUGACGAUCAGGAGAAGGUCAGCCUCCGGGGUCUCCAGGGCCACCCUGUGACCAAUGACCCCCGAACCAGGAAGGAGAGUGGGGGUGGUGGCUCUGAUUGGUCGGAGGACGUCUACAUCAGAGGGGUCAAAGUGGACAUUCCCAGAAUGGAGGAGGAGCCGGUGAUCAUUACCAGGCCUCCAUUACACAAUGGAAGAGGUUGUGGAGGAGGAGGGAGCCUGUACAGCCCUCCCUCCUACUCCUGGAAUGAGGGGGAUAUGGGUGAUCUGAGCAUGGGUGACGUGGACUCUCUGAUCACCCAGAAGCUUCUGGAGCUAUACUCUGAGUACCAGAUCGAGGAGCUGGCCCACUGCACCUCAGACUCAGUGUUCCUGAAGAAGACCAGUGAAAUCAGCCAGCUUAUCAGUGACCUGGCUGAGGAGCAUCAGCUUGAUGAGCAGGAUGCAGAGUGUCGACUGGUCAAGGGCAUCAUCAGGUAGCUACCAUUCACUGGUAGGGAUUAACUGCCUUGAUCAAGGGUACAACGUGUGUGUGUGUGCGUGCGCACAAGCAGUUGGGUAUCGUGACAGCAAAUUAAUACAUUUACUUUGUAAAAUGGACAAUAAAGUUGAUAUACUAUUUUCAUCUAUUUUAUCAGGAUCAGCACUAGGAAGAGCAAGAAGAGACCUCAGUGCAAAAGGUCACAGAGGAGAACCUCAGACAGCGGUAACGAAACCAUGAGCAACUACCAAGCAUCAACCAUCAGCAAUAACAGUAAGCAACACCUCUACUGAUAAACAUUUCCAAUAGCUUUUCCCUUAUUUUACAUACUUGUUGAAGUGAUACUUCAUUGUCAUUAAUUUGUUAUUACACUGUUAGUUGACUGUCACUCUCUCUGUUUGUUGUUUUUUUUACCUCGAAGAUGAUUAUGAUAUCCAGAUAUCCAAGGAGACAGAUUCUGAUAUGAACGCUAGGAACAUGAGGAUGAACAGUGGAGCAGGUAAGAGACUUGACGUGUGUACUGUAUGUUGCUGUGUGUACUGUACAGUGUUAUUGUAGUCAUCAUUAAGCGCUUGUUAUGAUAGGGUUAGAGUCCUUCAAGACACACUUUUACUGAAACCGCAUUGCCUCUGCUAAAUUGUUGCCACUACACCCCAGAAAAAUUGUGGGGAUCGAAAAACUAUUUCAGUGUAAACUUAAAUGACUAAAACCAGACUAAGUUUAUAGAAAAUAUAAUUGAUCUAUAUAUUUUUUAAGAUGCAGUAAGUCUUGUCAGAAGCUAGCAGAUUCAUUACUUACCAACAAUAUCUGUAAGUUCCAAUAAAACAACAUUAUGUUUUCAAGUUCACUUUCCUUACUUUUUUCUAACAAUACUAUCAUGAAUCUAGCAAAGAUGUUUUGUGGGUCAGAGUGCAGUAUUUAUUUAGUUUUAUAGCACAAACGUUUGUUAGCACGUUUCUCAUACUGGCUUUAGCCACGAACAGAGCGGCAAGUGCAGGGGUGUUGCCUAGCAACCUGUUCCUCGGAGGAAGUUAACUUCUGCAUUGAGAAACAAAUUCCCAUUAUUUGAACAGCUAGCACGACAGCUAAAAUGGCUUUGGAAAAAAUAUGUUUUCAGCUAAGAGGGAGAAGUAUCUAACAAAAUAACUACAUUAUGUAAUUCACUAAUCAUAAACUAUUUACAAUAGAAAUGUCAGUAUAUUUAAUAAAAAUCUUACUUACUCAACUUUUAAAUCCUAUAGUCUUUGAGAACUUGUAAUCACCCCAAGAAAAUCUACAGCAAUGAAACCAAUUAAAUAAAACAAUGAAUUUAGGAGUACUUUUGGCAUGGCUGGAUUACCGCCCAGGCACGCAGGGCACAUGCACAGGGGUCCCAGUUGGGGUCCCCAUUGAUUUUAUGUUUGAGCAUAAGAACACAGAAUUAGCCAUAGCAACAUUUGUAGAAUUGCAGACAAUUUGCUUUAAAAUGGUAAAAUGUUGUCUCAGCUCCAUGGAAAUGUUCCUAGAAGGAAAGUAGGCCACUUUUGACCCAGAAAAAACCUUGCACACACCUGCCUGAUAAUAGUGUAUGGUGCCAUGUAUGGUAAAAUAAUCGGUACUAAAAUAUUGUUUUACCAAUAUGUUAUUGGGCUCAUUUCUGGGAGGGGUUAUAGAUAGAUGGUGUUGGCAACAUUUGAUUUUCAUUCAUUUUGGAGUAGAAUCUCCUUAUAAAAUGUCACCAGAAAUUACACUACAUGACCAAACGUAUGUGGACACCUGCUCGUCGAACAUCUCAUUCCAAAAUCAUGGGCAUUAAUAUGGAGUUGGUCUCCCCUUUGCUGCUAUAACAGCCUCCACUCUUCUGGGAAGGCUUUCCACUAGAUGUUGGAACAUUGCUGCGGGGACUUGCUUCCAUUCAGCCACAAGAGCAUUAGUGAGGUCGGGCACUGAUGUUGGGCAAUUAGGCCUGGCUCGCAGUCGGCGUUCCAAUUCAUCCCAAAGGUGUUCGAUGGGGUUGAGGCCAGGGCUCUGUGCAGGCCAGUCAAGUUCUUCCCCCACCGAUCUCGACAAACCAUCUCUGUAUGGACCUCGCUUUGUGCACAGGGGCAUUGUCAUGCUGAAACAGGAAAGGGCCUUCACCAAACUGUUGCCACAAAGUUGGAAGCACAGAAUCGUCUAGAAUGUCAUUAUAUGCUGUAGCGUUAAGAUUUUCCUUCACUGGAACGAAGGGGCCUAGCCCGAACCAUGAAAAUCAGCCCCAGACCAUUAUUCCUCCUCCACCAAACUUUACAGUUGGCACUAUGCAUUCGGGCAGGUAGCGUUCUCCUGACAUCCGCCAAACCCAGUUUUGUCUGUCGGACUGCCAGAUGGUGAAGCGUGAUUCAUCAUUCCAGAGAACGUGUUUCCACUGCUCCAGAGUCCAAUGGCGGUGAGCUUUACACCACUCCAUUCCAGCCGAAGCUUGGUAUUGCACAUGGUGGUCUUAGGCUUGUGGGCGGCUGCUCGGCCAUAGAAACCCAGACGAACGAUUAUUGUGCUGACGUCGUUUCCAGAGGCAGUUAGGAACUCGGUAGUGAGUGUUGCAACCGAGGACAGACGAUUUCUACUCACUACGUGCUUCAGCACUCGGCGGUCCUGUUCUGUGAGCUUGUGUGGCCUACCACUUCGCGGCUGAGCCGUUGUUGCUCCUAGACGUUUCCACUUCACAAUAACAGCACUUACAGUUGACCGGGUUAGCUUUAGCAGGACAGAAAUUUGAUGAAUUGACUUGUUGGAAAGGUGGCAUCCUAUGAUGGUGCCACGUUGAAAGUCACUGAGCUCUUCAGUAAGGACGUUCUACUGCCAAUGUUUGUCUAUGGAGAUUGCAUGGCUGAGUGCUACAUUUUAUACACCUGUCAGCCAUGGGUGUGGCUGAAUUAGCCGAAUCCACUAAUUCGAAAGGGUGUCCACAUACUUUUGUGUAUGUGUGUGUGUGUGUGUAUAUAUAUAUAUAUAUAUAUAUAUCUCUUCUCACAGUCCUUAUACAAAAAAAUUAUCCAGAUGGGAAUUCCCCGGUGAUUCCCCCCCUUCCACGAACUUUGCCACCGCUGCACAAAAAAUUAUGUAGGGGAAGCACUGAAACUGUUUGGGUUAGUAUCUGAGUGAGUGAGAGAGAUCUAAUAGACUGAAUGUUGUGGCAAAUAUCCAGCGUUAUCUCUUCCCCUGAUAGAUACUGUACUUACCUUUCCGUGACAUUUAUUGUGAACAUCCUAUUUAUUUAAGCCUAUCCAAGAGGUUGAUUGGUUGCCUUAAGGUUGUAUCUCAUUGGGCAAGUCAGACUUGUAUUGUAUUUGUCAGACACAAAUAAAUAGGUUUCACUUCAUUCUGCUGGUAACUAUUGGUAGAAACGAAACCCUGGAAUAUGAACCUAUUGAAUCAUGUAGAUGACAAGUUGUUCUUGAUGAUGUAGGUCUUGAACCAAUUAUGUAAAUAUGACUAAACCUGUGGACUUAACUUCAUUUUGCACACUUUUGUAAGUUAAUGAUGUUGAUGACUAGGUACUCCUGAUGUUUUUAUGUAAUUUGCAUUUGAUAUGUGAACUAUGAAGCCAAAGACACAUUUCCUCAUUACGUGGACAAUGAAGUUUGUCUGUUCUAUUAUAUUCUACAACUCAUGCCUUCUUUAUCAUAUUUUGAUUUAAGCAGAAAGUUCUGAGCAUCAGAACAUGAUGACCCAUCCUCAACACUUCUGAUGCCAUGAAGCUACUCACCAGUCCCCAGCUGGAGAGGUUGGACCCAUAGAGAUACACAUAUUAUACAGUGAGG